GGCGCGGCCGCGCGUCAGCUGCGCGCCGGAAGGGGCCGGCGGCUCCGCCAUGGCGGCGGGCCCGGAGCUGCGGGAGGGUGAAUAUCCUGAUUCACAACUUGGUGUCUUACUGGAGCACAGGGGAGUCAUUGCAUGACUGCAGCUUGCAUGAGUUCUUCGCAGCACUGAUGUCGUGAGGUUGUCUUGCUGAGCAGAACUGCUGCCUGACGCCCACUGGCAGAGAAGUAUUGGAUCUCCUUAUGACAGCACUUCACAGGAAACCGUAUGGUUACUGUAAAUGUUCCUCUCACCAGUGUAUCAUGGGAGAUGUGACGGAGGAGGAGAUGGAUAACGUCACAUUCAAAAGUGACACUGUGCUUUCUGAUGUUCACAUACACUGUCCAAACAAAAGACAUCUCAUGGUACGGUUGAAUGCAGUUGGACAACCAGUAUUCCUGUCGUAUUUCAAACUCCUUUGGAACACAGACGAUUGGGCAUCUGAGAAAUCUGGAAGAGAAGCUACAACUGAAAGAGAACACCAGUACAGCAGUGGAGAUGAACUGUGUGACAAGGACAGGAAUAAUCUAAAAAAUGAAAGGGAAUCGAAUACUGAAGGACUAGAAGCUCUGCUGGAUGAUGAUGGAGACUUGGAAGUGGUCAGAAGACCUCGAAGCACUUCUGAUUUAGAGGCGGAGGAUCUUUCGAGGGAUAGGGUAUAUCCUGUAAUUCUGAUGAAAGGGAAAGAAGAUGCUUUUGAAGACGAAGAACAAGAAUGCACUUGCACUGAUGUUGUUAAAAUAGAGCAUACUAUGGCAACCCCCUUAGAAGAUGUUGGAAAACAAGUCUGGCGUGCAGCUUUUCUUCUUGCUGACUACGUUCUGUUUAAACGGGACAUGUUCAGGUGUUGCACAGUACUAGAGCUUGGAGGUGGCACUGGAAUUACAAGCAUUAUCAUGGGAACAGUUGCCAACAGAGUUUAUUGCACAGAUGUUGGUGACGAUCUUCUGGCCAUGUGUGAGCAAAAUGUUGCAUUAAACAAACAUUUGAUGGAGCCAGGAGGAGGAGAAAUUAAAGUAAAGGAACUUGACUGGCUGAAAGAUGAAUUCUGCACUGAUCCUGAAGCUCUUUUUAGCUGGUCUGAAGAAGAGAUUGCUGAUUUGCAUGACCACUGCACUGUGAUAAUGGCAGCUGAUGUGUUCUAUGAUGAUGACCUGACAGAUGCCUUGUUCAGAACGCUGUACAGAAUCACACACAACUUGAAAAAAUCUUGCACAGUUUUCCUAGCAAUAGAAAAGAGACUGAACUUCACUUUAAGACAUAUGGAUAUUACAUGCGAAGCCUACAGCCACUUUAGAAAUACUCUAAAUGAUUUGGAGAAUCUCCAGGAUGGAAAAAUGAAAUAUAAUGUGGAGCCCAUUAAGCCUGAUUUCUGCCAGUUUCUCAGUUAUGAACGGAUCGAGCAGUUGGAAUUGUGGAAGAUUAUUGCUGAUCAGCUAACGUGACAGGGACAUGAGAAGACAGAAGAUAUUUAUUGAAGGACAAUGACUUUUUUUUGGAUGUUUAUUAAAAAAAAAUCCUGGUGGAGCCGAGUUCUCAGAAAGUAAUUCCACGCAGAUUUGCCUUACCUCAAUAAGUUUUUGUUUUGGCACUUAGGACAUGGUUUCUUUGCUUCUGGUAUGAAGCUGGUUAAUGUUGAUCUUCCGAGUACGUGCUGGAUGAGAAGUGGGCUGUGACACAGUACUGUGUGCUCUCCAGGACUGAUGGCUUAGGUUUUAGAUUCUGACAAAGAGGUAUUUAACCUUUUUCUGCAUGGCUGAUUUGCAGAUGUCAUGCAUAUUCCCUUCGGGUUUUCUGAACAUGGACACUGUUCUCAGUCUUAUCCCGAGUUCCACAAUAUGUGUAUUUAUGGACACUUGUGAAACAGUCCUCUGUCAUGAACUUUUCUUUAAACAGUCUGUUUAUGCAACGUAGUUCUUUGGUUUUGGUUUGUAUAAAUCAUUCUAGUUAGGGCAACUGUCUCAACUGAAAGGAGACAAGAUACAUUUUGUCUGAGCCUCUAAAAAUGUUCCACAUAGGUCUCGGAGUCAUGCUGGCAUUUUAAGCUAUUCUGUGCUCACCAGCUUGAGGAUAGGAAGGUGCCAUGUGAUGUGACCUCCCCCUCUUUAAAAGUUGGAAUUCUGAAUGUAUACAUGUGAGGCAGGGGAGAAGGAGGUGACCCACGUCUUGCCCGUGAGGGGCUUUCAGUGCCUUGGCUUUUGGAUUAAAGUACAACAUACUUAUCAACUCUCUCCUGUGUUAUUAAUGAAACCAAAGUUCACAGUAUUUGUACUUACUAUAAAUGUUACGUGUACUAUCAUGUUUAUAUCACUUGCCAUAUGUACACUGUCACUUAAGUUCUUGUGCCUACUGGAUUCUUUAGCAUUACGAGAAUGUUAUGAUAAAGCUGUCCCAGUCUGUGACUCGUGGGAGUGUGCAUACAUUACAUCAGAAGCAUCUGGUUGUCUUCUUGGAAGUCUGUUCUACAUUUCGUUUAGUUUGGUUGUUUUAGGUCAAUUAUUUCGUAACCUUAAUGCUCAUUUACAUGAAGACAUAUUUUUUCUAUUUUUCAUGUUGUUUAAUGAGAUGAAAGGUCAUUAGAUGAAGAUGGCCUUUUCCUUUGCUUAUAGCCAAUCAAAGAAAAAAUACGUUAUGUUGGCAUAUACCUGCCUAGAUUAUUGUAGAAAACUCUCAGAACCCUCAUUUAAAGCUGAAUGAUAAAACAAGCAAAGAAAACCCUAUAUUUUAAUCCAAAGAUUCCGAAACCAGAGUUCUUGGUUUUGGCGUGUAGUGGUUUUGGCAACAUGCCACCUCUACCGUCCUGAAUGACCGUCUUAACAGUUAGAACCUAAGCCAUAGACUAAAUGAACUCUGUGGACAUUUUAUGGACAUUUCACAGGGGUGGUUCAUGAUAUGUGGGUAUAAGUUGAAGGAUAGUGAUCAAUGAGCACAUACUGGAGACGGUGGGACCUGAGCAUAAUGUAAAUGGUGUGGAAUAAGGGGUGGACAUUGCACUGGUUUUGUCCGGGAUAGAGUUAAUUUUCUUCCUAGUAGCUUGUGCUAUGUUUUGGAUUUGUGAUGAAAACAGUACUGAUAACACAGUGAUGUUUUAGAGUUGCUGUGCAGUGGUUACAGAGCAUCAGGGUCGUCUCUGUUUCUUAUGCUGCCCUGCGGGUGAGUAGGAAGGGAAGGGGAUGCAGCCAGGACUGCUGACCGCAGCUAACCAAAGCCAUGUUCCAUACCGCGUGGUGUUGCGCUCAGUAAUAAAAGCUAGGGGAAAGAAGGAGGUGGGAGGGACGUUUGGAGGUACGGUGUUUGUCUUCCCAAGUUGCCGUUACACGUGGUGAAUCCCAGCUGUCCUGGAAAUGGCUGAACACCCGUGGGAAGUGGUGAAUGAUUCCUUGUUUUGCGUUGCUUGUGCACGCAGCUUUUGCUUUACCUAUUAAAUUGUAUUUAUGUCAAACCAUGGAUUUUUUCAUGUUAACGUUUCCAAUUCUGUCCCCCGUCCACCUGGGGGAGUGAGAGAGCAGCUGUGUGGUGCUGAGCUGCCUACUGGGGUUAAACCGGAGAAGUUUGUUUUGCAAUGUUAUUAACUGUGACAAAUUAACUGAAGAAAACUGUUUUUGAAUGUAGCUGCUCAUUUAACUAGUGAUUUUUCUGAAGGUUAUAGCAAGAGAUGAAUGUGAACUGAUGUGAAAUAGUGUGUGUAGUUAAAGAAGAGUUUUACUUGCACAGGAAUUCUGAACGCCUUUGGAAUUAUCAGCAGAAACUCAUCCAGGUAGGGGGGUACUCCAAAUCUCUUCAACAUAGAAUUCAGUCACUUUACCACAACUGGCUUAAAUUAGCAUCUGAGAAUAUAUGUAUAUACCUGUGUCUUUGUUUGAGUAAAUAUGAACAUCACUGCUGCUUGGGAAGCAAGCCGAAAUAGAAUUUCCUCCUGAAGACAUAAAGCUAAUCUUUCUGUUGAAGGGAAACAACUACUUUGGGGGUUCGGUGACGGAGGUCUACGGGUCAGCUUGCAAAUUUGGAUAUGACGCUUAUCACUGAUGAUAAGGAAUAGUCAAAAACAGGCAGUAAUUCUAAGAACACAAGAAUUGCAGAGUCUUAGAAUGCCUUGGCUUUGCAAUAUAAAUGAGAGAGAAGCAUAGGCUGACGCACCAGGGAACUGGCUGCUGCUACUUAAGGAUACUUAGUAAGGACCUUUUCAAUUUUGUUCUUAAUCAUGCUUUAAAUAGGUCACACAUGGUAGUAUUUUUUAGAACUCAUCACAUAAAUUUACACCUUGUUUGUUAGGAUGAUUAAAAGUGGAAAAUUGCUUAGUGUUAAGCAUACAGAUCAUGACUGGAAACCAAGUUAGUGCCUACAAUGAUAAUACUUCUGGCACGUUACCUGUAUGUAUAUGAUCAAGAAGGUGUUUUGUUGUUUUUUUCCUAAUAAAGCAUGAUUUUAAAAAAAAAUGGUAUGCUUGUGGGGUGGUGCAUCUGAAUUUUGAAAAAUUCCAACAGGUAAUGUUCUUAGAUUUUUGCCAGUCCUGUCUUGCAAGUGAUUUUUUUGCUGUGUGUUAGAUGCAGUUUGCUAUGAUUCUAAAAUCAUAGAAGAGAAAAUAUGCUGGGAGGGGUACUGGUGUGGACAGCGCUCCAGUAUAAAUUGCAUGUGGCUUUCUGGUCCUACAAAAAAGUCAAAGUAUUCAACAUCAGUUUGGAUUGUCUCGGACUUGUGAGCUACAAGGAAAGAGUUUGCACAUUUUAUUGUCAAACACUUAAGAGCUCUGCUGGCUUAUUCAUAUAUUUCUUUUGGAUCACCUUGUAGUGAGUAGGAAAAUAAAAAGGUCUCUUUUUUAUUUG